AUGCAGGGCUACAUUCUAAGGCGCUUACUCGCGACCAUUCCCGUGAUGCUGAUCGUGGCCGUGUUCGUGUUCGUCCUGCUUCAGAUCGCACCUGGAGACCCCGCGGACCUUCUGUCCAACGAGAACACUUCACCGGACGAUAUCGCGAAGAUUCGCGCGAGGAUGGGUUUCGACAGGCCGAUUCCAGUGCAGCUUGGCUACUGGCUGCGCAAUCUAAUUCAGGGUGAUCUCGGGAACUCGGUCUUCAGCAAUAAGCCGGUGACAGGCUUGCUAGCCCAGAGGGCGAUACCAACCGUUUCGCUUGCGUUCCUGAUCGAGGUAGUGGCGAUCGGCCUGGGUGUUCCACUGGGAACCAUCGCCGCGUGGAGACAGGGCAGCCUGUUCGAUCGCGCCAUAAUGUUGUUCGCGUCGCUGAGCUUUGCGAUUCCGGGCUUCUUCCUCGGCUUCAUUGUAAUCUGGGUAUUUGCUCUGAAGUUCCCGAUCCUCCCGGCGGGAGGCUAUAUGCCUCCAAGCGAAGAUUUCUUUACGUUCAUCAAGCACCUGAUUUUGCCAUCGUUCGCGGCCGGGCUCAUCGUGAUGGCUCUCAUUACCAGAAUGACGAGAUCCAGCGUGCUGGAGGUCCUUAGAGAGGACUACGUGCGUACUGCACGGGCAAAGGGUCUAAGCGAAAACACGGUGCUCAUACGCCACGCGCUCAAGAACGCCGCACUGCCGAUAAUCACGGUUAUCGGGCUAGGACUCGCUGGGCUUCUUUCUGGUGUGGUGGUGAUCGAGCAGGUGUUCGCGAUUCCAGGAUUCGGCAGGUUAAUGGUGGACGGGAUAGUCAAGCGGGACUACCCGAUAAUACAGGGCGCGAUUCUGGUCACAGCGAUACUGAUGUCGAGACAGCAGACCAGUAUCCAGACAGAACUUGCACAGCCUGGCGGCAGAUCACGUAUCGCCGUUAUUGGCAGAACGAUUGGACGUGAGGCCCGCAGGAACCCAACAAUGGCCGCAGGUAUUGUCGUCGUGAUAUUCAUGGUGGUCAUAUCGUUAGUGGCCCCCCUGCUCUUCACUUCCGACCCAUACAAGGGCUGGCCGCCCGACCGCCUUCAGCCUCCGUCUGCGGAGCACUGGUUCGGCACCGACUUCAUAGGCCGCGAUGUUUACUCCAGAGCAAUUUACGGCGGUCGAAUUUCGAUCCUGGUCGGCUUCUCCGUAGCCGCCAUUAGCAUAGCCGCGGCCACCGUUAUCGGACUGCUGGCCGGUUUCUUCCGAAUUGUAGACACAGUCGUCAUGAGAGUCAUGGACGGGAUUAUGGCGAUCCCGAUCAUUCUGCUGGCAAUAGCCUUGAUGGCGCUUCUCGGCGGCAGCGUACAGAACGUCAUCUUCGGGCUGUCCUUCGUCAUCAUGCCCAGGGCCGCCCGCGUGAUGCGGGCCUCGGUGCUUACGCUGAAGGAAGAGAUGUUCGUGGAUGCCGCGACGAGCCUGGGAGCAAGCACACCUCGAAUUCUGUUCAGGCACAUAAUGCCUAACGCACUCGCCCCCAUGAUCGUGCUUGCAACGUUUGUUUGCGCAGACGCAAUUCUGAUCGAGGCGAUCCUGAGUUUCCUGGGCGCGGGAACGCCCCCUGAGACGCCCAGCUGGGGCACGAUGAUGUCAGAGGCGCGCAGAGCAAUCUCAGUGGCGGUCUGGGUGAUUGGUUUCCCGGGCCUGUUCCUGAGCAUCACAGUAUUGGGAGUCAACCUUGCGGGAGAUGGCCUGCGAGAUAUGCUGGACCCGAAACUGGCACGUCGGUUGUAG